AUGCCCGCACGGAGGGGAUGGAGAAGGAAGGGCGCAUGGCUGACCGUAGUCGGCGGGGGACGUGAAGAGUUGUCGCACGGUCGUGUAGCGCGCACUGGGCUUCGAUCGUCUGCUGCGACCGGACGAAAGGAAGAAAAAGUGGGAGGGGGGGGGGGGGGGGGGGGGGGGGGGGGGGGGGGGGGGGGGGGGGGGGCGCAGCGGGGGGGGGGGCGGGAAAAAGAAUGCUGGUGGCGCGAGUGA